AUGGCUCAGUCUAACCGCAUUCCAUCUGAACGUUUUUUGGACGCCACUUCUGAACCACAACGACGCCUUACACCUAUACACGGUUAUGAACUGAAACCACUUGUCCCACUCGAAGAAGCUGUACGACCUUUAGAAUCUUUAAUUACCAACAUUCAAGGAUCUGUUUGGACAGCAAUCGGUAACUGUGAACAACCAAAAGAUGGUCUGACACCCAAUGAAUCUGCUGCUAUCUACCUCUACACGAUGGAAUGUAUGUAUCGUCAACUGAACACUGCUCUACGAAAUGAAAAUCGAGAUCAGCUCGUACCGUACUUUUCGUAUCUAAAAUUAUUUCUCACAGCCUUGUGGAAGUUAAAUGAUUUUCAUGAUCUCGUAUACAGAGGUGUAAAGAGAAAUAUUAGUGAUGAUUUUCCAAAGGGAAAGAAAUUUGCAUGGUGGGGACUUUCGUCAACGACAACAUCGUUAGAUGUUUUACAGGCAGAUACAUUUCUUGGAGAAAACGGCCCACGAACUCUGUUUAAUAUUCAAUGUUUCAACGGGAAAAUGAUUCAAAAUCAUUCACAAUUUCCUACGGAAAAUGAAGUACUUCUGUUACCAUGCAGUUACUUUGAAGUCAUGGGUAAUAUGAAACAGGGUGCAGAUUUACGUAUUAUUCAUUUGAAACAAAUUGAACCGCCUGUUGUUUUAAUUCAACCUCCAUCUCCUUCGAUGGUGCAUCACAAAGUGUCUACUUCAACUAACAAACAAUCUGAUACAUUAGAGCAUUUACAAAAUUUAGCUCAACAGAACGACGAUCAUCUAGUGUGUGGUGGUCGUCGUUGUGAGAAAUGUCAUGGCUGUCGUGACUGGAAAAAUACAACUAGUGGCACCUGCAAAUAUGUCUGUCGUGGUGGUAUUCGUGGUUUUUUCGGUGCAGACCCACUGCAUGGUUAUAAUAAUAAUAUUCCAAGAUGCUUUUGCAAUCAUAAUAAGAAAUAA